AUAUCAACCACGACGAAAACUGAUUUCAUUGCGAUAUGGUGUUGUUUUUUUUUUCACUAUCAGCGGUUAAACAAAUUGAUAGAGAUCUAAGUACAGGCCCGUAGCUAGGGGGGGGGGGGGGGGUUCGUUUGACCAUUUAGCGGACCAUUUUCUCUUAGGUUGCUCGCCUUAGCUCGCAGUGGUACUCAAUUCUCCUUCAUCAGGGCGGGACAUUGAAGUCGCGUGGGGAGGUUCUUCCGCUCCCCCCUGGCUACGGGCCUGAAGUAAUAGCAUAUAAAAAGGCCCAUGCGACGCAUCCUGCUUACACUCCUUGCAUGUGAAGUUUGCUUUACCUUAUACUUCAUAAUUUCUUGGUAUUUGGCGGACUAUGGAUGGCAACACUUCCACAACCACAUCUUUCCCAGUCAUGGCCGGGACCUUCGCCUUUUGUUCUAUGGGAGUUACACUUAUUUUCCUCAACGCGUUAACUAUUUUGACCUUCCUUGUACACAGAAAUUUGCGUAAACGGAGCCUUUUUCUCCCUUUAAACCUUUGCUUCGCGGAUAUGCUUGUCGGUGUCACGUCUUUAAUGUACGGUUCUGAGCUAACACACUUUAAAAACCCUAGCAGCUUAAUGAGACAUUUAAUGUCGCCGAAUUCGACGACAACGUUCGACAAUUUUACUGCGACCGCAUCUUUCGCCGGUCUAACAACUAUUUCCAUGGAACGGAUGCAUGCAACGGUGUGGCCAAUUCGACAUCGCAAUCUGGAUAACCAUCCAUACUUCUUUGUCAUUGCUCUAAAAUGGGCUUUUUCAGUUGCUUUAACCAUCAUUCUGACCGAAUUUACUUCGGUCUACUUUUCAAUUGCAAUGGCAGGUGUUGCGGUAGGCAUUCUCGUUAUCUCUAUUUCGUACAUUUUAAUCUUCGUCACUGUAAAGCAUCAAAACGCACAGUUCCAAGGUCACUCGACGUUGGCCCAGAAGCGUGAAAGACAGCUUGCGAAGACGUUGUUUAUCGUGACUGUCCUGUCUCUUGCCACCUGGGCACCCGAUAUGAUGUGGAUUGUCUACAGAAGAACAGCCGAGAAAACGGAGAGCUUGCUAUCCGUACUAGCGCUUGACAUAGUGCUCAAUGUAGUGCGCUACUUAAACUCUCUCAUCAAUCCUUGUAUUUACGUGCUGAGGAUGAAGGCGUUUAGACGAGCUUUCGUCAAAUUGCUGUGCAGACGCAAUAAUAACCUUGUCCCAUUGGGAUCCUGAGAGACUCCCUCAUGAAAUGAACACGUUUUGUUGAGAGCAUGAAUUUUAGCUAAGACUGCAGAAAACAAGAUAAAAGUAAAUAGAAUAAAAGGCGAUUAUAUGCCCGCCCUUUCAGGAAGCAAAAAUACGAAUGUUUCAAUUUAAGAUAAAUCACAAUAUUUAGUAACCAACGCCUUUCUACAUAAAGUUAAAAUUAAAGCAACAGAUGCCCAAAAUGCCCAAAGUGUAAUAAUAUCCACACACUUGAGCAUCUAAUUGUUUGAAUGCCCACAUGUUUCUCUAUUUUGGAACCGUUUUGAGAUUUGACGGGCAAAAUGCACCUUGCAAUACAUUCGCCUGACAUUUGGGGUGGUCUUGUAUGGGGAUAAUAAAACAACCCCAAAUAAUGAAAUAUUGAAUUUCGCUUUAAUCAUUGCUAAAUACCAUGUUUAUGCCUAUUUCAUUCAGGAAACGCAUUUUUCUUUUCAGAGCUUUCUCACUAUUUUACGAUAAAAAGGUAAAAUUGAAUACGCUACAUAAACAAAAAGCUGAGAGAAGGUGGAAUGCUGAGUCGUGGAUCGUGGCUUAAGAUGGCCUUCAUUAAUAAGAAAAAAAAUGGAAAUGAAAAUUAGAACAAGUAAAAAACAAAACAAAAAUGAGCUGUUAAAGUAAAUGUAUACAUGUAUACUUGUAAAGAAAAGAUAAAUCAUAAAAAAUGAUAUCAUAUAAAAUGAUAUUAUAAGCGGGAAAGCGCCUUUUGUGUAUAAACUGUAACAUGUGUCUCAUAAUAUAUUGUCUUGUAAAUUGUAAACAUAUAUAUGUAAUAAAAUUUAUUAUAUAAAAAAACCCUAAGGUAUAUCCAAAUGAACCAACAUAGAUUUUGAUCCCUUAGAGAUAACAAAUGGGUGUGGUCUAUAGAUUUUAGACCCUGAGGGAUAGCUGUUAAAACUGACGAAUUUAAGUCACUUUGUUAUUUAAGUACGAUAGUUUCUUUUUUAGUUUCUAGAGAGUUUUGCCCGAGAGAAUGCUCAUUCUGUAAGUUGCGGAAUUGCUUGAGGAUAGCACCUAUUGCUACUGCACAGAUCGUUUUGCGCAUGCAAGCUCAAACCCGCGGGAAUCCCGGAUCACGCAACUGCCUCACGCGUAUGCUCUGGACUUGGGGACCUGUUAUUAUUUCAUAA